AUGUACCGGAGUGUUAGGGUUGAGAAGGCCACUUGUGCCCUUGAUUCUCAUGACUUCAGCAAAGAUUCUGACGACAUCUUUCCCAUUCCAGAGCAACAAAACAACACAUCUCCUGAUAACAGAUUCCUUUCCGUUGGGUAUUAUUUUAUCACCUUCAUGGCACGCGUCGAUGAUGAUGAUGAUUCCAGUAGUAGGGAAGAAGCCUUUGUAGGUGAGUAUGUUGUUUAUCCUGCUAGUAGUGUAGAGAAGUCAAUGGCGGUGUUCUGCCAGAAGAAAAGUGUGGUAUUUGAAGGUUGGGAAAAGAGUAAGAAUACUUGUAAGUGCCGACUUCCUUGCUGUGACCCUGGUCGCAUUUUUGCUGGUGACUACGCCGCCAAGAACCGACUAGCCCGCUCGAAGGCUGCUUCUUGA